UUGACAAGCUUGAGUGUGUACAAAGACAACCAGCAUAGUUAAGAGUCUUGAGUCCACAUCAUCUGAGGAUUUAUUGAAGGAACUAGGGAUGAAGAGAAGAUCAAUUUCAAGGGGGUGGGGAAUGUCAUUAUAGCAGUGUUGAGGUAUUUAAAGGAUUGUCGUGUGCAAAAGGGAUUUAUAUUUGUUCUUUUUGGACCCACAGUGCAGAACUUGGAGCAAUGGAUAGAAGUUGCAAAGAGGUAAAUUUAGGCUUAAUGUCAGGAAAAACUUCCUAACAAGUUGAGUUAUUGAAGAAGUGGGAAGAACUGCAUUGCAGCAGGAGAUAAAGAGUUCUAUAGCACUGAAAAGUCUUUUAAAAAAUAUUAUAAUGACCUCUCCAAGCUCCGGGCCCAUGACUGGCAACAUGGCUAAACAUACCAAGAAGGUCAGAAUUGUUGGUGAAUAUGGAACAUGUUAUGGUGCAUUCCUCAGAAAAAUGGUGAAGAAAAUUGAAAUUAGCCAGCAUGCCAAGUAUACCUGCUCCUUCUGUGGCGAGACCAAAAUGAAGAGACGGGCUGUGGGUAUCUGGCAUUGUGGAUCCUGUAUGAAAACAGUAGCUGGUGGUGCAUGGACGUACAAUACCACCUCUGCAGUCAUAGUCAAAACCUCCAUCAGAAGACUGAAGGAAUUGGAAGACCAGUAAAAUCUUCUCCCCAUCAAAUAUCUGUAGCCCAUAGUCCAACAAUAAAUGGAUUAAUUUAUGGAAUAAAAAAAUUAUAAUGUAUUUUUAACCAAAAAGGAAGAGACCAUUUAUCAUAUAAAUGUUAUGAUCAGCAACAAAGAAAACACUGGGUAUAGACUGUCAAGAGGGUUCAUAGCACAUAAUUAAAUAACUUGAUUUUAGGCAGAAAGAUCUUGUAUUAAAAGAUCAAAUGUCCUGCAUCAGGGAGGAUUCAAAUGGUUGUUAGCAUCCUCUAUCAGGUCACUGGGACACAAGUUGUGGAUCAGAUAGAAAACUGGUACAGUUCUGAAUAGGGUGAUUGCUCUCCAAAAACUUCAGCCAGCUGUGACCAGGGAUCUGGCAUUUUAUAUCUCUUGUGACCUCUGUAGUCAGCACAACCAGCCUACUUGGAACUCUCCCUACUCUUUUUCCUCUUGUACUCCAAUCUGUGCAGUUGCACCUUUCCCCACUUGGCUCUUAUGAUGGAGUGGAAAUCAACAGAAUGAC